UAUCGUGAGCGAUCUGAGUUUAGAACAUUUACCAAGAUGGGAGAUCAAGAGGAGAUCAAAAAGAAGGCGCUCUGCAAUUUGGUCUAUAGACCAAAUGAGUCGGCGGCUCUUGCGCCCAAGAACCGUGUAAGCUACGAGAUUCCACCUGAAGCUAUGAGCGAAGACCAUAAGUACAUGGGUAAGGAUAUCCAGACGCGCUUCAGUGAGAUGGAUAGCAACAUGGACCAAGUGCAUGUUAAGACGAUUGAGUGGCCGGAUCUUAAGUUUACUGCAGCUGUUGGACACGACGAUGCAUUCAAUAUCUUCCAUGAACCACACAAGAAUGCUGCUGCAAAACUCAUUGAGCUUUUUUACAAUGUUAAAGACGUAGAUGAUCUUCUGGCCUGUGCUGUCUACGUGAGAGAGAGGGUCAAUCCUUAUCUCUUCGUCUACUGUUUCUCUGUGGCUUUGGCUCAUCGGCACGAUACAAAGGAUAUUGUGCUUCCUGAUGCUCUUCUCGCUUUUCCCUCGAAAUUUCUCCCCAAAUCCACUUUGUCUGAGGCCAAGGAGCUUUGCUAUGUGGUACCUAGUGAACUCAGGAAACCUAUUGUCAUCCCACGCAACUGGACAGCUACUGACUUGGACCCUGAACAUCUAAUGGCCUUCUUCAGAGAAGAUCCAUGUAUCAACCUCCAUCAUUGGCAUUGGCACGUUGUUUUUCCCAUGGCGGGUCCCAGAGAGAUCAUCAAUAAGGAUCGUCGUGGGGAACUCUUCUUCUACAUGCACAAUCAAAUGCUAAAUCGCUACAAUGCCAAUAGACUCUGUGUUGGAUUGCAUCGCGUUGAACCCUAUGAAAACUUCUUGGAGGACAAAGCUCCGGCCUAUUAUCCAAAACUGGAUAAUCACAAUUCAUCCAGAAUGAUUAUUGGGAGGCAGAAAGAUUGCCAGUGGAGAACGCUUAAUGGGGUCACUAGCCCUCCUGUAACAGUCCAAGAUAUGAUAACCUAUUGUGAAAGGAUUAAAGCUUGCAUCCAUUUGGGAUACGCUAUUCGUCCGGAUGGAGAAAAACACGAAUUAACAAUUGAAAAGGGUUGUGAUGAUUUGGGUAACAUGAUAGAAGCAUCUUGGCUGUCGGUAAAUCCGCAGUUUUACGGUAGUUGUCACAAUAUGGGACACGUUUUCUUCGGAAACAUUCAUGAUCCUAAAGGCGUUAUGUAUUUGGAGCAACCAGGAGUUAUGUCAGACACAACCACUGCUAUGCGCGAUCCCGUUUUCUACAGAUGGCACAAAAUGGUUGAUGACUUGUUCCAAGAUUACAAGUACACCCUACCCCCCUACAGUGCUGAUGAACUUGCAUGCCCUGGAAUUAAGAUAGAUAAAGUCAACCUAAUCGUCAACCAAAAGUACACAGAUGAACUAUGCACAUUCUGGCAGUGGGACGACGUUAAUCUGGGUAUAGGAUUGGACUUGAAUGGCGAUGGCAGCAAUCCGGUCUACAUUCGCUUCUGCCAUAUCAAUCACGAAGACUUCAUAUACAAGAUCAACGUCACAAACUCCACGGAUCAACCUAUCAAGUGCACUGUCAGGAUUUUUAUGUUUCCAACUAGAAAUGAAAACCUAACAAACUUUACAGUGGACAUGUACCGAAGGAACGCUAUUGAAAUGGACAGGACUACGGCGACCUUCAAUCCUGGUGAGACGAAGUUCUUCCGAAGCUCUAAGGACUCCAACGUGACCAUACCUUUCGAAAGGUCUUUGUCAACCGCUUGGACUCAUGAUCAGGAAACGCUUCGUUCAAUGGAGGCAUCGAUUUGUGCAUGUGGCCUUCCUCAUCAUCAUCUUCUUCCAAUCGGAACUGCAGAAGGCUAUCCUUGCAACCUCUUUGUCAUGUUGACACCUUACGAAUUGGAUAAGACCAAUGAAGAUAUCAAUGUAGCUUGCAAUGACAAUUCUGUCUACUGUGGUGUUCGCGAUCGAAAAUAUCCGGAUAAGAGAGCCAUGGGUUUCCCCUUCGAUCGUACCCUUCAAUUCCAAAGUAUUGAAGAUUUUGCUGACCGCGACAACAUGGCCCUAAUGGACUUCAAGAUUAGGCACAAGGAUGUAGCAGUGAAAGGACCUCACUGCGGACCAGAUGAUCUUGAUUACUAAACCUUACUGACCGGAUUCCUUAAAUUGACCCUUGGCCAACGACACCGGACCUCUCCCCAACUAUACAAUAACCCCUAUCAAUAUCCAUUAUCCCAGCAUUGAAAAAAUACUGUUAAAUCAGCUACGCUUACGAAUAAUACUUGCUUGAAAUACUAUACAAUGAUUAUAAACCAAAUAAAUAAUAUUGAAAAAUGGAUUGAUACGAUCCCCAAAAAAUCCCAAUGACUUGUUAUUCCAAUUCCCAAGAGGGCAACAAGGAAAAGUUAUGACCACGAUAUUUUGUGUCCGAAGAGAGAAACUUGAUCACCAUCUGAUUCCAAUCGAAAAAGAGUAUCAACAUCUUAUGGUGAAACUGCUGUUUGUGGCCUGAAGGAGGAGGAAGAUUGAAAAAAAACGAGGUGAAUAAUUAGAUGAAUAAAACUAAUCAAUUGAUCGUU